UGGCGCGACGGGGCGGCGGCCGUUAUGGGGCCGGGGGGAGCCCGCGGCGUGUGAGGGGCGGUCCUGCGGCGCCGGCAGGAUAAUGGCAGGAAAAGUGAAGUGGGUAACUGACAUAGAAAAAUCUGUUCUGAUAAACAACUUUGAAAAAAGAGGCUGGAUUCAGGUGGCAGAAAAUGAAGACUGGAAUUUUUAUUGGAUGAGUGUACAAACCAUCAGAAAUGUUUUCAGUGUGGAAACUGGUUACCGCCUUUCUGAUGACCAAAUUGUCAAUCAUUUCCCAAACCACUAUGAACUGACCAGGAAAGACUUGAUGGUGAAGAAUAUCAAGCGAUACAGAAAGGAACUUGAAAAAGAAGGGAGUCCUCUUGCAGAAAAGGAUGAAAAUGGGAAAUAUAUUUAUUUAGAUUUUGUACCUGUUACUUUUAUGCUUCCUGCUGAUUACAAUCUCUUUGUUGAAGAAUUCAGAAAAAAUCCCUCCAGCACUUGGAUUAUGAAACCUUGUGGGAAAGCUCAAGGAAAAGGAAUAUUUCUCAUCAAUAAACUCUCUCAAAUUAAAAAGUGGUCUCGAGACAGCAAAACAUCUUCAUUUGUAUCUCAGUCUUCCAAAGAAGCUUAUGUGAUUUCUCUGUAUAUCAACAAUCCGUUAUUGAUUGGUGGAAAGAAAUUUGACCUUCGUCUAUACGUUUUAGUAUCUACAUAUCGUCCACUGAGAUGUUAUAUGUAUAAACUUGGAUUUUGCCGGUUUUGCACAGUAAAAUAUACACCAAGUACUAGUGAACUGGAUAACAUGUUUGUUCAUCUUACAAAUGUUGCCAUUCAGAAACAUGGGGAUGAUUACAAUCAUAUCCAUGGAGGCAAGUGGACAGUGAGUAACUUGCGUUUGUAUCUGGAAAGCACCCGUGGAAAGGAAGUCACAAACAAAUUAUUUGAUGAAAUUCACUGGAUAAUUGUGCAGUCACUGAAGGCCGUUGCACCUGUAAUGAAUAAUGAUAAACACUGCUUCGAGUGUUAUGGAUACGACAUUAUCAUUGAUGACAAGCUUAAACCAUGGCUAAUUGAGGUCAAUGCUUCCCCUUCUCUUACUUCCAGUACUGCUAAUGAUCGUAUCCUGAAGUACAAUCUUAUUAAUGACACACUUAACAUUGCUGUGCCUAAUGGGGAAAUUCCAGACUGUAAAUGGAAUAAAUCUCCACCAAAAGAGGUUCUCGGCAAUUAUGAAGUCUUAUAUGAUGAAGAGAUGGCACAAAGUGAUGGGCCUGAUCGUGACAUGCGAAGUCGUUCUGGACAAACGACUGGAAUAAAAGGAAAUCGUGCAAGAGAUUCAGGAAAGCCUGUACUGACUACCUGGAAGUGAUAACAAGAUAAAAUCAGUGUAAAAGAAUAACUUUUGCUUAAAUUCAGAGCUGCACUGUUGGUAAGAAGACACAAUGAACCAAAAUGUGAUUCUGUGAACAGAUUGCUUUAUCUUGCUAUGUUACGUGUGAGAAUUAUUAAAUGGGUACAAUACAGCCUUUGGAAAAGACAUGAAACAAAGCCUCUAAAAUCAGGAAUUGUACUGGAGAUGCACUGAACUGCCAGUUACUGACAUAUAUAUUACUAUAUAUGUAAUUUCAUACUGCGUGUGGUUAUAUUAGUUUUCUGAAAGCAAUGAAUUCUAUUAAACUUUUAGAAGCAUAACUAUUUGCACUUUGGAGAAACUAACAUUCUUUCAGUAAUGAUUAAGAGCUUUCUUUAAAGAUGACAACUCAAAAUGUACAUUCCAAAAGAAACGUCUGGCUGUUCUGGAUAUAAUUUAUUGUCUAGGAAAACCUAUUUCUAAUCCUUUGGAUAAAGGUAGAUGCUGUAAAAGGGUGGCAGUGAUGAGCAUUAUAAUAAUAUAUUGUCACAAUGAUUUCAGUUUCUUGCUGGUAAGAAAUAGGUUAACUAACAAAAAUAGCAGUACAUGGAGUUGAGGCUAUGGUGAGUUAAUGCAGCUAAUGAUUUAUAACAAGUAUUAAGAUCCUAAAAAACAAAUCCUUAUACGCUGAGAGUCUUUUCUCCUUUUAAAUGUUUUGAGUGGCUAAAUUUUUAGAGGCAGAAAGUUUUGUGACUUGAGGGAAUGUUUCACAUGCUAUAUUGAUGCAUUAUUUUACUAGCUAUUCAUUUUUAUUCCAAGAUAAUAGACAUCUUUAUAGAAAACCAGACAGAUCAACUACAUACUGUAAAAAAAAAUCUCAUUGCUUGUAGCUGAUUUUAAAUCCUUACUUGCACCAGAAUCUUUUCAUGUAUUUAUGCAUGUAUAUACUUAAGUACAAUGUGGCUGUAUAUUUUUGUAAAUUUUGUAUGUACUAUAACAAAAAUAUUGUUGCAUCUGGUAAGCUACCUCUAGUAGCACUGAUGUCAAAGGUUGUGAUGUUUAGCUACAAAAUGUGAAGAGCAAAAAUUAAAAAUAGGUAUGUCAAUUUUCUAACAGCGUAGUAUGUAAAUAAAUGCAUUGGGUCUAUGAUUGGCUGCUGCUUUUACUUGCAGAUCCACCUGUUGUUAGGUAAUUAUUUAUAAAUGUAUAAACGUAAUGUGCAGCUCACACCUUCCUCCACAGUCCCCCCCCCUUCCUUUGGAUGGGGAAGAAUUGUUGAGAGAAAGAUGAGGGAGGUUUAAAAACUCAUAAAUAUCCAAGUAAUCAUAAUAAACUCUAAUUUGGAUGCCACUAAUGCAGUGAUACUCAACCUCUGCCUGCCAUAGUGGGCAUGCUAAGUAAACAUAAACUCUUCAAAAGUCUUGAGUUUCUUGACUGUGUAGAGCAAGCCACCUGCAUGACAGAAAACUCCACUCCCUUUUUUGCUUUUGAAAGCCCUCCUAGAAAGGAAGGCAGCUGCUUGCAAACUGCUUUCAUUGGGGCAGUGCUUAUGACACUCACUGUGGACCCAAUCUGAUGAGAGCAGAUUGGGCUGAGGGGGCGAGGAGUCCAAAUAUGUCCUGGAGCUGCCCAGUAUCCUCAGACAUGGCUUAGGAUUCAUCCUUGCAAUAGAUAAUGAAAUACAUAAAAUGAAUGAGUCUCUCCAAGUGCAGGUCUCGUAUUAAUUAUCUUGUAUAUUCUGUUUAAAUAAAGACCAAAAU